UCUCAUUUCAAACUGCUGACUGCUCCUUUCUUCUUUUUCACCUUUUCACUUCAUAUUGAGACCAGAAUUCAACUCAUUUUGACCUGAAAAUCCUUCAGUCCUUCAAAGAAGUGAGUGCACGUUCAGGUCACGGCGACUGUUGUUGAGAAGCAGACCACAGACACAGGAAGUCCCGCCCUGGUUCCCCUCUCAGCCCUCCUUCCUCCAGCGCUCUGCAGGACACCUGAUUUCUCUGAAGGGGGAGAAAACAUUUCCUCAUGAAGGAGAGAAGAUGAGAAGCUUCCAGAGCAGAGCAGAAGACUUUUCAUCCUCUCAUUUCAAACUGCUGACUGCUCCUUUCUUCUUUUUCACCUUUUCACUUCAUAUUGAGACCAGAAUUCAACUCAUUUUGACCUGAAAACACUUCAGUCCUUCAAAGAAGUGAGUGCACGUUCAGGUCACGUCGACUGUUGUUGAGAAGCAGACCACAGACACAGGAAGUCACGUCCUGGUUCCCCUCUCAGCCCUCCUUCCUCCAGCGCUCUGCAGGACACCUGAUUUCUCUGAAGGGGGAGAAAACAUUUCCUCAUGAAGGAAAGAAGAAUUCAACUCAUUUUGACCUGAAAACACUUCAGUCCUUCAAAGAGUCAAACAUCUCACGUUCAUUAAAGCAUGUCAGCACCUCAUCGUGGUCUUUCCAGGGACUCUCUGAACACACUGAAGGUUUAGUGAGAUAAAUCAGAUUCUUCACAAGGACAAGAUGAGCUCAACUGCAGAAAUCCUCAAGGGAAUGCUGGAUGAUUUGGUAGAUAAGGACUUUGAAGACUUCAAGUGGUAUUUGUGCAAUGGGGUUCUCGAAGGGUGUCAACAAAUCUCAAAGAGUAAACUGGAGCGACUGGACAGGAAAAACACAGUGGAUGUGAUGCUCCAAACCUACAGCAUUCAUACUCUUGAAGUCACUAAAGUGGUUUGCAAGAAAAUGAAGAUAAUGGGUACAUGGGAGAAGCACUUCAAAAACAUCUCAGAACCUGAAGAGUGCCGUUUGACCCAAGCGCAGAGAUGGAGACAAGAUGAAGUUUGCACAGGGAACAACGGAUCUCAACAAGUUCUUUUGUCAGCGAUAUCAAAGUGUCAGGAAAAACUUAAGUCCAGACUGAAGAAAAAGUUCCAGUGUGUGUCUGAGGGGAUCCCUAAACAAGGAGGUUCCACCAUCCUGAACGACAUCUACACAGAGCUGAAAAUCACUAAGGAAGGGACUGCAGGGAUCAAUAAGGAACAUGAGGUCAGACAGAUUGAAACAGAAUCCAGGAUAAAAGACAGAGAAGAAAGAAGCAUCAGACCAGAAGACAUCUUUGAAGACUCACCUGGAAGACCUAAACCAAUCAGAACGGUGCUGACAAAGGGAGAUGCUGGCUUUGGGAAAACAGUCCUGACACAGAAGUUCACUCUGGACUGGGCUGAAGACAAAGCCAACCAGGACAUCCACUUCAUAUUUCCAUUCCCCUUCAGAGAGCUGAAUCUGGAGAAGGAGGAGGAGUUCAGCUUGGUGGAACUUGUUCAUCACUUCUUCAGUGAAACAGAAGAUGCAGGAAUCAGCAGCUUUGAAGAAUUCCAGGUGAUCUUCAUCUUUGAUGGUCUGGAUGAGUGUCGAUUCCCUCUGAACUUCAAGCACACUAAGAGCCUGACUGACAUUAGAAAGUCCACCUCAGUGGAUGUUCUGCUGAUAAACCUCAUCAGGGGGAAUCUGCUUCCCUCUGCUCGCCUCUGGAUCACCACACGACCUGCAGCAGCCAAUCAGAUCCCUGAUGACUGUGUGGACAGGGUGACAGAGGUCCGAGGGUUCACCGACCCCCAGAAGGAGGAGUACUUCAAGAAGAGGUUCAGACAGGAGGAGCAGGCCAGCAGGAUCAUCUCCCACAUCAAGACCUCCCGAAGCCUCCACAUCAUGUGCCACAUCCCGGUCUUCUGCUGGAUCACUGCUACGGUUCUGGACAAGGUGCUGAAGAGCAGAGAUGGAGGAGAGCUGCCCAAGACCCUGACUCAGAUGUACAUCCACCACCUGGUGGUCCAGGCCAAAGUCAAGAAGUUCAAGUAUGAUGGAGGAGCUGCCACAGAUCCACACUGGUGUCCAGAGAGCAGGGAGAUGAUAGAGUCUCUGGGAAAACUGGCUUUUGAGCAGCUGCAAAAGGGAAAAAUAAUCUUUGAUCAAUCUGACCUGACAGAGUGUGGCAUCGACCUCAAAGCAGCCUCAGUGCACUCAGGAAUGUUCACACAGAUCUUGAAAGAGGAGAGCGGUCUGUACCAGGAUGUUGUGUUCUGCUUCAUCCAUCUGAGCUUUCAGGAGUUUCUGGCUGCUCUUCAUGUCCAUCAGACCUUCCUCAACACUGGAAUUAACCCUCUGGAUAGAAAACAGGAAACCUCUUGGCUGUCUGAAGAGACGAAGACAACACCAAAUCUCCACCAUCUCCAUCAGAGAGCUGUGGACGAGGCCUUGAAGAGUCGAAAUGGACACCUGGACUUGUUCCUCCGCUUCCUCAUGGGUCUUUCACUGCAGACCAAUCAGAGUCUCCUUCGAGGUCUGCUGACUCAGACAGGAAGUAGCUCACAGACCAAUCAGGAAACAGUCCAGUACAUCAAGAAGAAGCUGAAUGAGAGUCAGUCUGCAGAGGGAAGCAUCAAUCUGCACCACUGUCUGAAUGAACUGAAUGAUGGUUCUCUGGUGGAGGACAUACAAUGGUACCUGAGGUCAGUAAGUCUUUCAAUAGCCAGUCUGUCUCCUGCUGAGUGGUCAGCUCUGGUCCACAUCUUGCUGUCAUCAGAAGAAGAUCUGGAGGAGUUUGACCUGAAGAAAUACUCUCCCUCAGAGGAGGCUCUUCUGAAGCUGCUGCCAGUGGUCAAAGCCUCCAACAAAGCUCUGUACGUACCUCGUGAACUAAUAUGAAGACCUGAGUGAGUUUUACAUCAAGCACUGAUAUUAUGAAGUUUCCAACGAAUGUUUAACGAUAAAAUGAGUUUCCUUUUGUACAUCAAGUUUUGUCAUCCUGUAAAAAAAAUCAGCCUGGAAAAUUCAGAUUGGUGAAUGUGUCAACGCAGAUUUGAAUGUUAAAAAAAAAAAAAAAAAAAAGAAAAAGAAAAAAAAGAUUUCCAUUUGGAACCAAUCGUAGAAGUUUUUCUGCACACAUGAUGUUUUG